UAUUUGGUUUUCACUUUUCCCUUCUGUCGUAGGUAGUCACUUCUUCUUUCUGUUUCUAAGAUUGAUUCAAUUCCUUCCUUUUCACAAAAUGAUGCAACUGCUUUGUAUUUUCUAAUGUUUAAAGGUUUGAAGUUAUGGGAUAAUGAAACUCUACAAGGGAAGACGACUAAAAAGUUCCAACCCAGCAGUGAUUUUGACAUUAUUGAAUCUGACUCCAUUGAUACCAAGUCCUCUCGGAUGGAGGUUGAUGCUUCUCUGAAGGUCAGUGUUCUCUCUGGACUGAUUGAAGUGGGAGGAUCUGCUCACUACCUGAACGAUCACAAAGAAUUCAAGAAUCAGAGCAGACUGACUGGUCAGUACAAAUCUACAACCCACUUGGAACAGUUGUCAUUGACUGACCUGAUGACCUUAGUGGACCAUCAAAGGGACGUUAUUAACAAGAGCUCUGCAACACACAUAGUCACGGGCAUCCUUUAUGGGGCCAAUGCUUUCUUUGUGUUUGACAGUGAAAAGUUAGACAGCAGCAGGGUUCAAGAAAUCGGGGGCAGCAUGAAAGCUAUGAUGACAAAGAUCCCUGUAUUAAGUGCUGAGGCCCAAGUGAGCACCAAACUGACAAAGGAAGAAAAAGACCUGAGUGCGAAGUUUUCCUGCCAUUUCUUUGGAGACUUCAACCUUCAAAGCCUCCCUUUAACAUUUGAAGAAGCAGUGAAGACCUUUGGACAACUUCCACAGUUACUGGGGGAAAAUGGAGAGAAAGCUGUCCCAAUGAAGGUCUGGCUGAUGCCAUUGACUACUUUAUAUCCAGAAGCUCCUGAGCUGAAGAGUGAGAUCCACAGUGGACUGGUGGGGAAGAUACAGCAUACUCUUGAAGAUUUGAGGGAAAUCCAAAUGAGAAGCAACGAAUCUCUUAAAGACAGAGUGGUACAGAACUUUCCACAUAUUACAGAAGAGUUAGACACUUUCCAGAAGUUGUGUCACCUCUAUAGAUCAAACCUCCAGAGGACCAUGAAGGAAAAACUCCCCUCCAUCCGUGAAGGUAUAGAAGAUGAGAGCUCAUUAGAAAAAACCAUUGACAACAGAGACAAGUCCCCUUUCAGUCAAGAAAAACUACUCAAGUGGCUGAAUUAUAAGGAGAGAGAAAUCAACAUCAUCAAAUCCUGUGUGGAGACCAUGGAGGGAACAAAGAUUGUCAAAAAUCAGUCCGAGCUCGACCGAGAGGUUCUUAAUGGAGAUGUAGAUGAUGUUUUGUGCUUCGUUUUCACCUCCACCAAACGGGGCGACACUUACCUUGAUGAGAUGGCCACAUAUUUGGACACUCCUAUGAAGGGGAGCACCACUGAAGACGAGUGGUUCUACUCAGAUGAAGUCUGGACCUCUAUGAGAGUCAAAGCCAAAGCGUUCCAAGACUUUAGCAAAGCAAAGAAGAACAACAACCGGAUCCGUUUCCUUAUCGCGGUCAUUCCAAAUGAGGCAUACAAAGGAGCAACUAUCUACCAUUACAAGCAGGGCAUUCUGGACAGAACAGAUUUAUCAGGACUUGGCCCUUAUCCAGAAAUAAUCACAGACAGAAGAGAUCUGAUCCGGUAUGCCUGUGAUCUCACCCUGGACCCAAACACUGUCCAGAAUGACCUUGUUCUGUCUGAUGGAAACAAGAAGGUAACAUAUGGAACAGGUCAUCAAUAUCCUGCUAAUCCAGAGAGGUUUGUGAAUUGGCUUCAGGUGUUGUGCCGAGAGGGUUUAUCUGGGCGCCAUUACUGGGAGGUAGAGACAAGUAAUGCUUCACAUAAAAAAUGGGUUUAUUUAACUGUUGCAUACAAGACCAUUGGAAGAAACGGAAGUGGUUCAGAUGUAAAAUUUGGAGGUAAUGCUCUAUCGUGGUCUUUUGGCCAGGAGGGUUCAAAUGCAGAACACGUACUUCGCGCAUGGCACAAUGGAAAGGUGUGGCAGUCUCCUCCUCCCUCUGGUGGCUGCUCCACACUCGGUGUGUAUCUGGACUGGCCUGCAGGCAGUCUGUCCUUCUACAAAGUCUUCUCCAACACACUGACACACCUCUACACCUUUCACACCGAAUUCACUGAGCCCGUGUACCCAGGCUUCCACGUUGCAUAUAAAGGCAACUACGCUUACCUGCGUCCUCUUGAAUAGGACCAAUGCUGGUGACUUGUUGAAUCCAUUGUCUGUUAAUAAAGGGCUGGGGUUAAAAGUAAAGUUUCAAUGGUAAAAUCAUUUCAUUUUACUUAUGUGUUCAGUUGACGAAGAGCCUAAAAAUGUAUGUAUAAAUUACAUUUUAAUUUCUAUUCGUAUUCCUUUUAAAGCUUUGAAAACACCAAUGUCAAAAAGCUAAUGUUAAAACUUGUCUAACUACUAAAUUUGUAAAUCGUGAAGUGGGUUUUACACCAAUUCUGUACCUUAAUUCUGACCAAUUUUAAUAAAGUACUUUCCCGCAAUAAUUCAAUGUGCAUACUUAUUGUAAAAUAAAAUGUUUUAUCUUUAAA